ACCCCACAGCUCGACUGCGACUCUCUCCAGUAGCAAGGGGACACAAUGUCGCACGCACGCAUAGAAGAAGUCUCGGACUCGGAUCCCGAGUACGCCAGCGACCCGUCCGAAGACGACAUCGAAGACUUCGACGAGCGCGAGAUCAUCAAAGCACGCGGUCCCAAACCAUCACAAGUCCCACGACCCGCGAACCCCUCGCUCCUGAACCCCAGCGCCGUGCCGUCCGUCUCCAAAGACGGCAUUGAGUUCCAGUCAACGGAGGAUGAUUCUAAGUAUAAGGAUUUCCAAUGCAUAUACCCGAUCUACUUCGACCGCAACCGCUCGCGGAAAGAGGGUCGACGAGUAGGGAUUGAAGGCGCGGUGGAGAACCCAUUGGCGCGCGAGAUUGUUGCGGCAUGUGGGAGGCUGCGGUUAGAGACACUGUUCGAACCGACUAAGAUCCAUCCGAAGGAUUGGGCGAAUCCGGGGAGGGUGAAGGUCAAACUAAAGGGCGGGCAGAAUCCGAUGAUUAAAAAUAAGCAUCACCUCUAUACUCUCAUCUCCAAGCAUCUGAUAGCGAAUCCUACCACCGUAGAGUCGGCAAUCAGAGUCCGCGUGCCUGGGUUACCGCCCCCUGACCCGAAGAAAGAAUAUCCGAAACCCGCGGUGCCGAAAGGAUGGAAGAUUGGAACCUUAUUGCCAUAUUAUAGUCCAGGUCUUAGUGGAGGGGGAGUGAGCGAGAACUUCCUAAAGGAUAUGAUGGCUGAAAUGGGUGCUGGUGGUAUGCCUGGGAUUCCAGGGAUGCCAGGGAUGGCGGGACUGGGCGGAGAAGGAAGUGGUGGGGAAGCGCGAAAGAAGGACAAAAAGGACAAGAAGAAGAAAUAAAAGUCGAGAGGAUGCUAACACGGAUGAGCAGACUUUGCGUCAAGAGAUGCGAGCCCCAUGCUGGAUGUGGGGAUUAGUACCCAGAUCCAUGCCCCAAACACAGCAUUCUCCCCUUUAGCUAAAGAAAACAGAAGCUGGAGUUAGCUCACGCUUUGUAGCGCUAUCAUUCGCAAGCGCGUGUGUUUAGGCAGAAGCAGGAAUUAGAUAAGAUCCUGAUACGGAGUUAUUAUUUAUAUCAGACGUUGAUAAGAGGAGUUUAUUUUCUACUUAUUCCCGUCUCUUGUUAUAAGCGGCUACACAGUUGUGAG